AUGUCUCAGACACAGGACUUCGAAUGCAGCAGCCAUAAUGCCGACACGCAGGAGUCCAGGCUGUCUGGGUCGAGCACCAGACUGGAAUGGGUGGAGAUCAUCGAGCCGCGCACCCGGGAGCGCAUGUACGCCAACCUGGUCACCGGGGAGUGCGUGUGGGACCCGCCUGCUGGUGUCCGCAUCAAGCGGACCAGUGAGAACCAGUGGUGGGAGCUAUUUGACCCCAAUACAUCACGCUUCUACUACUACAAUGCCACCACCCAGCGAACUGUGUGGCAUCGGCCACAGAAUUGUGACAUCAUCCCGCUGGCCAAGCUGCAGACCCUGAAGCAGAACACAGAGUCCCCCCGAGCCUCGGCGGAGAACAGUCCCGGCAGAGGCAGUGCUGUCAGUCGAGAGGGCAGCCCCAGCAACUCCCUGGAGCCGGAACUCGACGCCUGUGAGCAGACACAAGAGCCACAGCUGAGGGCAAGCCGGCCGUUUGGAGCCACAAAGGAGGGGCGCAGCAGUGGCAGCUCUUCACCGCCAGGCGUGCCCCUUGAAAAGGACUAUGAGGCUUACCGGGACUAUGGCACAGACGGUCCGCUUCUCCACUACAGGGCCUCCUCACUGCAGUGGACCACGGGAACCAAGGAGCGCAUGCUCAUCAAGGUUACUGACCGGGAGCCCAGCUUCCUCGCCCCCCAGGGCAACGGUUUCUCUGCCGACAACCAGCCCGGCACCCGUGCCCGGAGGCCAUCUGGCGGCCAGCACUCCCCGGGCCUGCAGACAUUUGUCCCUGACACAGACAGUACCAUCUUCUUCCCUGAGAGACGGUCAUCACCCUUCCUGAAGAGGGCCGAGUUCUCAGGAGGCUGCUCCCCAAUUCCAGUCCAGUCCCGCAAACCCUCCAGUGACUCCCAGCCGUCUUCCCCACGGUACGCCUACGAGCCCCCCCUCUAUGAGGAGCCCCCUGUGGAGUACCAAGCCCCCAUCUACGAUGAGCCCCCUAUGGACAUGCAGUACGAGGCCACGGGGGGCUACAAGGCCGGCUCACCCCAGAAGUCGCCCGUGCGCAAGCCUCGCCCCUUCCUGCAAUCUCCCAAGCACGCAUCCCCCUCUCCCUACCAGCAGCUGGUGCUCACAAAACAGAGGGGCCCCGAGCGCUUCAUGAGCCUGGACUACAGCCCCGCAGGCAAGGAGUAUGUGCGGCAGCUGGUCUACGUGGAACAGGCCGGCUCCAGCCCCAAGCUGCGUGCUGGCCCACGUCAUAAGUACACACCCAAUCCUGGCGGCGGCUCCUACUCUCUCCAGCCCAGCCCCUGCCUGGUGAGGGACCAGCGCCUGGACGCCCGGUCAGGAGAUUACAGCAGCAUGGAGGGGCCCGACUUCCGCCAUGGCCCGCCACCCACGCCGCUGCCCCAGACACAAGAUGAUGCUAUGUCCUGGUCCAGCCAGCAGGACACCAUGUCAUCCGUGGGCUGCUCCCCGGGCCCCCGAAAGAGGAAGAGCAGGAAGCCUUCUCUGUGCCAGGACCCCAACACCUCAUCCACUGAUGGUUCCGGGGACCGAGACGCCCUGGGUGAGCCCCUCCUGGAUGAGGAGCGGUCCCUGUGCGGGCCUGGCCUGGGCCCGCUGAAGCGCGUGGAGGGCCGGCUGGGUGAGCCUGAAGGGGCACGGGGCGCCUGUGAGCCCUUCCUGGCACAGGCCCGGCUGGCCUGGGAGGCACAGCAGGUGCGCUACCACAUGAAGCAGCGGGGUAGCUGGGACUCCCAGAAGGACGGCUCUGGGUAUGAGAGUGACGGCGCAGUGCCGCUGCCCAUGCCGGGACCCGUGGUUCGUGCCUUCAGUGAGGACGAGGCCCUGGCCCAGCAGGAGAGCAAACACUGGAAGAGGAGCACCUUCGAGAAACUUGGCUUCCCCCAGACUCUGCUCGAAAAGAGCAUCUCUGUCCAGACCCAUCUGGCCUCCCCGGAGCCCUACCUGCACCCAUCACAGUCCGAGGACCUUGGUGCCUGUGCCCAGUUUGAGAGUGGCCGGCAGGGUCGCAGCAUGAUGCCCAGUGCCAGCUGUGUCUUCCCUACCUUCACGCUGCGCAAACCUUCCUCGGAGACAGACAUCGAGAACUGGGCCUCCAAGCACUUCAACAAGCACACACAGGGCCUCUUCCGGCGCAAGGUGUCUAUCGCCAACAUGCUGGCCUGGAGCAGCGAGUCCAUCAAGAAACCCAUGAUCAUGACCAGCGACCGACAUGUGAAAAAGGAAGCCUGUGAGAUCUUCAAGCUCAUCCAGAUGUACAUGGGUGACCGGCGUGCCAAGGCCGACCCCCUGCACGUGGCCCUGGAGGUGGCCACCAAGGGAUGGAGCGUGCAGGGCCUGCGGGACGAGCUAUACAUACAGCUCUGCCGACAGACCACAGAGAACUUCCGCCUUGAGAGUCUGGCACGUGGCUGGGAGCUCAUGGCCAUCUGCCUGGCCUUUUUCCCACCCACGCCCAAAUUCCAUUCCUACCUGGAGGGCUACAUCUACCGGCACAUGGACCCCGUCAAUGACACCAAAGUGACACAGCACAUAAAAGAGCUCCUGGAGAGAAACCCUAAGAAGAAGUCCAAAUUGAGAAAGAAACCCAAGCCUUAUGUUGAAGAGCCGGAUGGCGUGGCAAUAAGUACAUAUGCCAAAUACUGCUACCACACGCUGCAGAAAGCCGCCCUGACGGGGGCCAAGAAGGGCCUGCGGAAGCCCACCGUGGAGGAGAUCCGGCACGCCAAGAAUGCCGUGUUCAGCCCGUCCAUGUUCGGCAGCGGGCUGCAGGAAGUCAUGAGCAUGCAGCGGGAACGCCACCCUGAGCGGCAGCUACCCUGGGUACAGACUCGGCUCUCUGAGGAGGUGCUGGCACUCAACGGUGACCAGACGGAGGGCAUCUUCAGGGUACCUGGGGACAUUGAUGAGGUGAAUGCUCUGAAGCUGCAGGUGGACCAGUGGAAAGUGCCUACGGGCCUGGAAGACCCCCACGUCCCUGCUUCGCUGCUGAAGCUGUGGUACCGGGAGCUGGAGGAGCCGCUGAUCCCGCAUGAGUUCUAUGAACAGUGCAUCGCGCACUACGAGAGCCCGGAGGCCGCAGUGGCCGUGGUUCACUCGCUGCCGCGCAUCAACCGCAUGGUGCUCUGCUACCUCAUCCGCUUUCUCCAGGUGUUCGUGCAGCCUGCCAACGUGGCCAUCACUAAGAUGGACGUGAGCAACCUGGCCAUGGUGAUGGCGCCCAACUGCCUGCGCUGCCAGUCGGAUGACCCUCGAGUCAUUUUCGAGAACACGCGCAAAGAAAUGUCCUUCCUGCGCGUGCUCAUCCAGCACCUGGACACCAGCUUCAUGGAGGGCGUGCUAUAGCGGGCGGCGGGGGGUGGGGGGGAGG